UUCGUUGGCUGUCGAUUUAUUUGAUAAAUUUCUGAUGUUUUUUUUUUUGUCAAAGAAGUUUGUAUAAUCCUAAAUCGUCGUGAUUGAAAUUUUUACUAUUACGUACUCUUUAUUUCGCCGUAGAAUUAGUGUGAAAGUUAUAAAUGUUUUAAAUAUACUUCCGACGUAUGGUACAUUUUCUUCAUGAUUUUGUGAUACAAAAGAAAGCCUUUUGUGAUCAAUAUGCUAUCACGAAAUCCACAAAGUGGCGAUGCGGACGAAGUUGCGCGUCCUUUUUGCCUAUGUUGGGAUAAGAAGGAACCCGUACAAUGGAGAGAGUUAAGCAAAUGUUCAUGUGGCGAGGAAGAAGAAGUGUUUGAGUGGAAAUGGAGUAACCCAGAAGCCAGAAGCCAAGUGGUGAUGAGUGAUGAUGGAAAGCAGGUGACAUUCCACCCAUACUACAGUUCUGGUACAGCUGCGGUCCGUGGUGACACUCCACUGGUGCACAACAAUCACUACUACUGGGAAGUAAAAAUGCUGUCGGAGACCUACGGCACUGAUAUUAUGGUGGGCAUAGGUUCAGGCAAGGUGCCGGACUCCCAGUACACAUUCACCUCCCUACUAGGCCAGGAUUCGGAGUCAUACGGGCUGUCGUACCUCGGUCCAGUGCGACAUGACGCCGCGGAGGUGCGAGGUUCCGCCGGCUUCUGUCGCGGCAGCAUCAUCGGCGUCCGACUCGACAUGUGGGCAGGAACUCUCGAGUUCUUCAUCAAUAGACGCCCUCAAGGUGUAUGUAUCUACAACCUGCGUCGUCACGAAGCGCUGUUCCCGAUGAUCUGCUCGACGGCGGCGCAGUCUACAAUGCGGCUGAUCUAUUCUGCCUCCUGGCGCGCCUCGCUGCUGGUGGAAGCCGCCAAGUCGCUGGCGUCCAGCACCACCUUGCGCCCAGAUGUACAUCUGCCCCCAGGACUAUGGAACACCUUCAAGUCUCACUUCUGGCUGACGCUGCCCACUGAAGUGUCCGGUGAUAGGGAAAGCGAGACGUCGUCAACAAAGUCCGCGGAGAGUGCGUCCUCUGCGGGGCGGGUGGGGCGCGUGCGCCGGCGCAACUGGCUGAUGCUGCCGCGCACUACGCCCUUCAUGCGCCAGAUAUUAUUAUGACAUCGACCCAACGCGGCGCAGCACUCCUUCAUCAGGCAGCAGCUGUUGUACGGAGAGAUUGCCUGGCAGGUCAACACGAAUGCGUUUGAAGAGUGAACAGACCUCUUCAUAUAUUGCUCUUCGGUCUAAUUCAGAGCUUCCCAAAUUUUUUUCGCCAUGUUUUUCCGUGUUGGGUAGACCCCCUAUUUACCUGAUAUUUAUUUCCUGUAAAUUUCUAACUGUAGUGAGGUUGUUUAAAGUAAAAACACAUGUUAAUUUAUACAUUUAUUAAUUGAAUUUAAAUUAAAUCUACUCAAAAUAAAUAAUGUAUAUGUUUUGAUUUUAUAAGAUAGUACGAUGUAACUAAAUAUGUACUAUCAGUGGAUGUGUUGAGAUCCACUAUCAAGGAUCCCCAUUUUCAUUUCAUGGGCCUCAGUUUUUUUUCGCUGACGUAGACCCUUUGCAAGUUGUCAUAGACCCCUAGGGGUCGAUAUAGACCUCUGGGAAUCACUGGUCUCAUUUAAUCUGCUAUAGACUUAAAGGUCGCAACAUAUAUAUCUGUGUAGUGUUUAGGACUUGUCGUUUAUCUUAUUAGUGAUUAUCUAAAUGUGACUAUUUACUAAACUAUCUUAAUCUUUAAAGUUAAGUGUCAGUUUCCUAGCGAUUUUAAAAAUAAACUAGAUUAGAUUAAGCAUAUAGGUACUUUUGUCGCUUUUCGAAUAUUUUAAACUGCUGUGGUUUAUUCAUACCAAUAUAUAUUCCGUAGUGCGAUAGUCUUUAGUGAAAAUUAUCUCUUUAAACUUCUAAACCCAUACAAUGUUAAUCGACGUAUUAUUUAUUACCUUGUAUGUUUAAAUUAUGAACCAUGUGGAUGUAAUUCAAUAUGUAAUUUCGAUGUAACUUUCAAUAUGUAGAUUAAAAUUUAAAAAAAUGUAAA